GUGACGUUUGCGAACAAGCCUCACCACUUUUCACCGAUGCCCCAAGAGCAGAAGCAAAAGAAGAAACGGACGAGGACCUCGCCAAAGAAUAUGGUCUUGACCGAAGUACGAUCACAAAAAUCCUCAAGCAAAGAGAUAAAUGGUUAGCAAUUGACCCAAAUUCUAACUAUGCAAAACAAAAGACACAAAAGUCUCCAAAGUUUCCACAAAUUGAAGAAGCUUUGGCUCAAUGGUUGACGAUUACCAUUGCUCAGGGAAAUGCCGUCAGCGAUGGACAGCUCCAAGAGAAAGCGCUUGAAUUUGCUCAAAUGUAUGGACUUCGUAACGAGUUUCAGGCCUCAAAUGGUUGGAUAUCAAAAUUUAAAAAUCGUCAUCAAGUUCGUAGUGGCGAUAGCUCGGGUGCUCCAGAUGUUUCUUUACAGAUUACACCUCAAUCAGCGCCUAUCACUGGGGCAGUUUUAUCGGCAUCUGAGCAUUCAAAUUUUAGUAGCACAGUUAGUUUGCCACCCACUUCCAACUAUACAACUCCUCAGUCAAUAACUUCAACGACAAACAGAACGAACGGGACAAAUACAUUAAUUGGUUCCGCUUCUAGCUCACCUUACAUUACGUUUGGGGCUUCGACGUCAAACUCAAUGGGACCUCCUUACACUCCUUCCAGAAUUUUUCCUGUUUUAACCAUAGCGCCUCAUAUCCCAUUAGAGAACGCAGCGUUCCAAACCAGCAAUACUUUAAAUCAAUUUCUAUCACGUUCAAAACAACUAUUUACGGCCGUUCAUCAAGCACAACAAAAGAAGAAUAUUAGUUGCUUCUCUGUCGGUCUUUAUUUUCGUCCCGGUUAUCCUGAAGUUUCUCCAAAUAACCGUCAUUUUGAAAACUUGAAAAGUUUAGGAAGACUUGUUGAUGGCACUAAAGGAGCUGAGUUCAUUGAUGGGAUGGUUCCAAGAGAUAAUGAUAUUGUAAUUCAAAAACGUCGAACAGAUGCGUUUUAUAAUACGGACUUGCAGAUGAUUCUCGAGUCCCGGAACAUCCAUCACAUAAUUUUAUCUGGCAUCGCAACGGGUGAUGUAAUUCUAUCUACAACUCGUUCUGCUGCCGACAGAGAUAUGAGCAUUACUGUCGUACGAGAUUGUUGCUUUGAUGGAAGUGAUCUGGUUCAAAACGUUUUAAUGGACGAAAUCUUUCCCAAGCAAGGCGUUAUGGUUGUUUCUUUUGAAGAAAUUGUAAAUGGUUUAAGAUCAAUUUAA